AUGUUGAAGCUGAUUUUCAUUUCUCUUUUAUCUUUGCAGGUGCCUGUUAGGCCAAGUGCUGCCGAAUUAAAGGCAAUGGCUUUAAGACAGCAGCAACAAAUCGAUUCCCAACAUCAGUUGUUGGCUGCUAAAGAGCAGAGAUUACGAUUUUUGAAAGCACAAGAGGCUCGAGGUGCCGCAGCGGCGGCAGAAGGCGAAAGAUUGCGUCGUCUGCGAGAACGUGUUGAGGCUCAAGAGUCAAAACUUCGUCGGCUAAGGGCGUUGAGAGGACAAGUUGAUUUACAAAAAACUUACAACGUCACACUGAGCAAUGAUUUGGACUCCAUUCGUGCCCUUUUUAGUGAGAAGGAAAAAGAGCUUAGUCUUGCUGUAGCUAAGGUUGAAGCUCUUACGAGACAAUUAGAAGAAUUGCGAAGAGAUCGUCGUGGAUUAAGUUUGAUUACAAACAAUGGAAAUAAUCAACAACCACCAUCGCAAGCAGCUCGUGAGUUGGAAAAACUGCGAAGAGAGUUAAUGUAUCGCAAUCAACUGUCAUUGCAACAAGAUGCUCGACUUCAUCUCCAACGUGAAGCAUUACAGCAACGUCAAGCAGAAUUGCGUUCAGUAGAUCAAAGAAUACUCGAACUUCAAGGUCGUUUGCAUCGCAAGAAGGCAUCAAAUCUUCUUCAACAACAGCAACAACAGAAUGGAACAAAUGUUACAAAUCCAUCUAAUGUUCAACCGGCGAAUAUUCACGUCAGAUCUUCAUCAACACACAUUUAUCCACCGCAAAAGAAUAUUCGGGGAAAUGUUGCGGCCGUUGAGCCAUAUAAUCAUACACCACAAAAAUCCACAUCCAUGACGUCAUCGAAUCAACAACAUCAACAAAUCAUACAAGAUUUAGCCAUGUUAAAGUUAAAAUCACAACAGCAACAACAACAGCAGCAGCAGCAUAGCCCGACGGGUAUAUUGUCGGCCGAAAGUGAUGAGUCAAAGCUGGCACGUCAACAACAUGAACUUCAACAAAGCCAAGGGAUAUUGAUGAAGAAUGGAAGCAAUGACGCUCAAAGCCAUCAAGCUAAGGACAUUGCGGACAGCAAUAACGAGAAGCAAACAAAGCCCUUAACGGUCCCCCAUCCGACAUCGUCACCAUCAACAACAAGUGUCCCAUCAACAAACGACAUGAAUGGAAAGAAAAAUGAGCCGAAAAGCCAAACAUUGCCUUACAAAUAUGUUGCCAACAAUAACUUGAAUGUCGGCAGUAGCAGUCUUGUAUCACACAAAAUUAUAUCGUCAGUGUUGUCUGCAAACGCUACCACUGUGAAAGCCAAUGAAUGUGACAGUGAGAAGGCGGGAGAAAUGUCGACUAAUGAAAGUCCCAAAAGUUCAACACAAAUUGCCAGCAGCACGCCAUUGAAUGCCAUCAACAAGUCUGUAGCGGAAGCAGUACAGAACAGUUCGACAAUAACAGAAGAGAAACCAGCCAUCAAACCAAAAGCUAUACAUCAAAUACCGUCAGGAAAUUUAGUCGUACCGCCGAGAAAGCCUAUAAGCAGUGUCGCUCCUACAUCAAUCACACUCGCACCAAAAACAAUUUCACAAGCACCAAAAGUUCAUAUGGUUGCACCAAAUAACAACAUUCAAGCGCCGAUUACUUCUGUAAGUGAGAAUGAUAAGUCGAGACCAGCACUUCCACCGAAGCCGAAUAAAAAUAACAAUAAUGGAAACACAAACAAUCAUCAGCAAUCACAACAGCAGCUUAUAAAUGAAGGUGAUGCUGCAACAAAUAGUAAUGAAAACAACAAUUUACCGAUUAAGGCAAAGCCAUUGACAAUCAAGAAACAGCCGCUGUCGGAACAACCAAAACUUCGAUCACUCAAUUCAAAUCCGAAGACAAUCCAAUACACAGCAUCACGACGCAUUGAAAUGCCACCCGCCUUUCUCUUUCCCGAAAUCGCAACAGCCGAAUUGAAGGACAAUAGUAAUGACUUUAAUGGCAACAGCGUGAAUCAAACGUCGAUCAUCAGUAAAUUGGUGAAUGGCGCAAUCAACUUAAACAAUAAUCAAGAUAAUGGCAGCGUUACUAGUAACGAUGAGACCGACAAAUCAAUUACGCCAUCUUCAACACCAGUGCAAGAUGAAAAGCCAUCGGUUGUUGAAAGUAUUGUAAGACGAAAACGAAACAUUAUCGGAGACAAUGUAAAAGCGAAAUUGGCACGACGUGUUAGUUUUGAUCCAUUAGCGCUUCUUCUUGAUGCAAGCUUGGAAGGUGAACUUGAGUUGGUUAAGAAAACAGCUAUGCAAGUCACGAAUCCUAGUGCAGCUAAUGAUGAAGGAAUCACCGCACUUCAUAAUGCAAUUUGUGCUGGUCAUUUGGAAAUCGUCAAAUUCCUCGUGCAAUUUGGGUGCGAUGUUAACGCUCAAGAUUCCGACGGUUGGACACCACUUCAUUGUGCUGCAUCUUGCAACAAUCUCGCAAUGGUGAAGUUUCUAGUUGAAUCAGGUGCUUGUUUAUUUGCUUCGACCCUCUCAGAUCAUGAAACGCCGGCCGAGAAAUGUGAAGAGGAUGAAGAGGGCUUUGAUGGUUGCUCGGAAUAUUUAUAUAGUAUUCAAGAGAAGCUCGGCAUUCUUCACAAUGGAGAGGUUUAUGCCGUAUUCUCAUACGAUGCUCAACAGCCGGAUGAGCUUAAAUUUAGCGUCAACGACAAGUUGACAAUAUUACGUAAAGGAGAUGAGGCUGAACGUGAGUGGUGGUGGGCUAGGAACGAAGCUGGUCAUGAAGGUUACGUGCCUAGAAAUCUUUUUGGAUUGUAUCCUCGCAUCGAUCCAUCGAAUCAGAAUUUCAAUGAAUAGCAUUUAAUCCGAAAAUACAUUCGAAAGCGCAUUAAAAAGGGAUUGGUCACAACUUUUUAUAUUUCUAAUUAUUUAUAGUUCAUUUGGUCUUUGUCAAACAUUUUGCGCUUGUUUUUUUAUUUACUCUUUUCAAUUAAAAUGAAAUUAGCUUGUGUUAUGGAUUUCUAAUGUUAGUUGCCCAGCCAUGAGAAGGAUUUUUGUGUAAAGCUCGCAUAUGAGCACUGAAGAGCAAGAAGAAAAAUAAAAUGAGAAGCUUUUCAAAAUUCCCUACACUCAAGAGAUUCAACUUUGCUUUUCAAUUAAGUCAGAGGAUUUUAUUUCCUUUCCUUUGAUGUAUGAAAAAAUAAUGGAAUUGUUUGAAGGAAUUUUCGUAAGUUGUGUCGUAUAAUUCGAACUAGAUUUUCUCAUCCUAUGGUGCUUAAAAGCUUUUUUUAAAGCCCACAUUUAUCUUGCAUGUUUUUAUGAUUGUUAAACCAAAAGCUGUUUACUGACUACACAAAUCUUUCUAAGAACAUUAAUUGACACCUGACAGAAUUAAUCUUUCCUCAACUUACGAAACUUCCCUAAUCUAAAUCUCUAAGCAUAUCGAGAGAGAAAGUGAAACGAAUAGAAAAACCGAUUAAAAUUUAUGCUCGAAAACAUUUAUUUAAUGGAAAAUACUCUUGUGAUGAUUGCAUGAAAAAUUAUAUGAAAAUAAAGUUUAUGAUGAAAGUAAUCAAAAUAUUUAUUUUUGGACCAAAUUUAGAAUCUCCACAUGAGUUAUUGAAAGAGAUUUUCCAUGAAAAGUUUGAAUUUAUUCAUCGUAAUAAUAUGAAGAAGAUUCCAAAUUUCAGACGCAUUACUUAUACAUUUUGAAAACUUUAUCAUCACAAAUCCGCCUUCAUUCUCAUCACAUUCCUUCUGUUACUGCACAUUACAAACUCACUUAUGAAAACAUUUCAUUUUGUUGCUAAUUUUUCUUUAGAAAUUAGAUAAACAGAACUAAAAUUUCUCAUUUUAAAGAGAAAUUUGUUCAUUGGAGAUUAUGUUUGAGAACCGAGAUUUAUGCUUACAAUAUUUUAAAAUCCUAAUUAAGAUGAAAAACAAAAAUAUUUGGUUUUGGUGAAGUUUUCAUUUCGUUUCAAACCCCAAAACAACAGUCUAGAAGCGAAAUUGAGUUUUGAGGUUUUUCGAACGAACCUUCUAGUCUCGACUACCACACCAUAGUUUAAUAUAAUACUGGAACCUCACAUCACAAACAUACACACACAAACACUAUUCGAGUGUUUAUUUUAGUUCGCUUUAUUGAUAUAUCUCUUCAGAUUCACAUCAGCAGAAUGUGAAGAGGAUUUAAGUGAAUUUUUUAAGAUAAACAUUUCGAACGAAUUUCAGAUUCAGUUUGCUUUUCUUUUUCCCCCCUUUAAACACUUCAUAACGCGUCAAUCUGCAGUUUAUUUCUGAUUUUUCUAACACCCGGUUCUCGAUGGACUUUGAAUAAAAUAAAAACGAUAGAAAAUUUCAUGAAAAGCUUUUAUUAUAUUAGGAAUAUCUACAUAAAAAUUAAAAAGAAAAUGAAAAUAAAAUAUAAAAAAUUGAAAGAUGAUUUAUUGAAAUAAAUUGUUAUCUUAAUGAAUAAGUCAUAUGGCAUAAUAAAAGAUGAAUCGAUGUAACAUAACGAAGAUUGAUAAUAAAUUAUACGCAACAAAAUC